AUGCUACUGCCUUCUUGGUCAAGAAUUGCGAUCAAUGCAGCUAGAAGGCCCAUUCGCUUUCCGUCCUAUUGCCGGCUCACCCUAAUCAAGAGUUUUCAUGUUCAAUAUCCUCUGCGUAAUAGGCUACAGGACGAUAAGAGCAAUAGAAAGAGUAAAGACAUUGAUAGGAACGCUAGACUUGAUAGACAUAUUCCCACAGAUAAGGAAGUAGAGUCGAUAAGAAAAGAAGUAGAAAAAUAUAUCGAACAGGCUAAAAAUAAUACUAUACCGGCAAAUUGGAAGGAACAAAAACGCAGAAUAGACGAGAGUAUCAGGCGUUUAGAAGAUGCCGUAUCAGAACAAGAAUCUAGCCAAAACCAGGCAGAAAAAGUAGAUGAGUGGGAAGAAAAUGAACGUCACAAGAAGCCUAAACCGAACAAAACAAAAGAACAAGGUUAUUUUGAAGGCAAUAAUAAUGGAAAUUUUUCCCCACCUCCACCUCCUCCCAAGCCACCUUUAAAUGAUCCCAGUAAUCCAGUGUCGAAAAACGUUAAUCUAUUUCAAAUAGGUCUGACUUUUUUUCUACUUUCAUUUUUAUUAGAUCUCCUCAAUAGUUCUGAAGAACAAAGUGAGAUAACGUGGCAAGACUUUAGAGAAAAACUACUGGCAAGGGGUUAUGUUGCCAAGUUAAUUGUUGUCAAUAAGUCCAUGGUAAAAGUAAUCUUGAAUGACAAUGGAAAAAACCAACCAGACAAUUACGGCCGCAAUUUUUACUACUUUAAUAUUGGUUCUAUUGAUAGUUUUGAACACAAACUUCAAAAAGCGCAGGAUGAACUGGACAUUGAUAAGGAGUUUAGAAUCCCUGUAUUAUACGUUCAAGAAGGUAACUGGGCUAAAGCCAUGUUUCAAAUUUUGCCAACUGUUCUAAUGAUUGCCGGUAUUAUUUGGUUGACGAGAAAAUCGGCGCAAGCAGCAGGCGGUAGCCGUGGGGGGAUAUUUGGUCUAAGUCGUUCCAAAGCUAAAAAAUUCAAUACCGAAACGGAUGUCAAGAUCAAAUUUAAAGACGUCGCAGGAUGUGAUGAAGCCAAGGAAGAAAUUAUGGAAUUUGUUAGUUUUUUGAAAGAACCUUCUCGUUAUGAAAAAAUGGGGGCAAAGAUUCCAAGAGGUGCAAUUUUGUCCGGUCCACCAGGUACCGGUAAAACUUUACUUGCAAAGGCAACUGCAGGUGAAGCCGGUGUUCCAUUUUACUUCGUUUCGGGUUCAGAAUUUGUUGAAAUGUUCGUUGGUGUCGGUGCUGCAAGAGUAAGAGAUUUGUUCAAGACUGCAAGAGAAAAUGCUCCUUCGAUUGUAUUCAUUGAUGAAAUAGAUGCCAUCGGGAAAGCUAGACAGAAAGGAAAUUUUUCAGGCGCCAAUGACGAAAGAGAGAACACGUUGAACCAGAUGUUGGUGGAAAUGGAUGGUUUUACCCCCGCUGAUCACGUUGUUGUUUUAGCUGGUACUAAUAGGCCUGAUAUUCUUGAUAAGGCGUUAUUAAGACCUGGUAGAUUUGAUAGGCAUAUCAAUAUUGAUAAGCCAGAACUUGAAGGAAGAAAAGCUAUUUUUGCCGUUCAUUUACAUCAUUUGAAGCUUGCUGGAGGGAUCUUUGAUUUGAAAAAUAGGCUGGCAGCUUUAACUCCAGGAUUUUCUGGUGCUGAUAUUGCCAACGUUUGUAAUGAAGCCGCAUUAAUUGCCGCUAGAAGUGACGAAGAUUCGGUAAAACUAAAACAUUUUGAACAAGCCAUUGAAAGAGUCAUUGGUGGGGUGGAAAGAAAAUCUAAGUUACUGUCCCCUGAGGAGAAGAAAGUGGUUGCUUAUCACGAAGCUGGACACGCUGUAUGUGGAUGGUAUUUGAAAUAUGCAGACCCUCUUUUGAAAGUCAGUAUUAUUCCACGUGGCCAGGGCGCUCUGGGUUAUGCGCAAUACUUGCCAGGUGAUAUUUUUUUAUUAACUGAACAACAACUAAAGGACAGGAUGACAAUGUCUUUAGGUGGUAGAGUUUCUGAAGAAUUACACUUCUCAUCAGUUACUAGUGGCGCCUCCGAUGAUUUUAAAAAAGUUACUAGCAUGGCCACCGCAAUGGUCACGGAGUUGGGGAUGAGUGACAAAAUUGGCUGGGUCAAUUACCAAAAGAGAGAUGACAGCGACUUGACAAAGCCAUUUUCAGACGAAACAGGCGAUAUCAUUGAUUCUGAAGUGUACAGAAUUGUUCAAGAAUGUCAUGACAGAUGUACAAUAUUGCUUAAGGAGAAAGCAGAAGAAGUGGAGAAGAUUGCUCAGCUACUACUGAAAAAAGAAGUUCUGACAAGAGAAGAUAUGAUUAGCUUACUCGGUAAGCGUCCUUUCCCAGAAAGGAACGACGCUUUUGAUAAGUACUUGAACGAUUACGAAACGGAAAAAAUCAGGAAAGAGGAACAAAAAAACGAAAAUCAUAACGAAUCCAAGACAUCUUCAGACUGA